AAUUGAUGGUUCUAAUACAUGCAAAAGGUUAUCAGAGAUAAAACUUUAGCACACUUUGUAUAACACUGGUGGGAAAUUGGACCUUUGUCUUAGAUCUUGAAGAUACUUAACCUCUCAUCCAAAAGACUUCUUUGAGAUGAAAGGCAUUCAAGACCAAAAAAAUUAAGAAAUCCUGUAGCUUUGUACAGAAGCUCUUAGAAUUACCAGCAGAGACGACAAUUAAUUACAAACUCUAGCAUGCAUCUGCAAAAAUAUAGUUGAGCAAAGAAAAAUAAAACGGAUUAUUAAAAAAUGUGAAAUUUGAUUUACAAGAAAUAUCAAAUUUAGAUGUUAAACGUGAUAGGACAAAAUAACGGAUAGCUGAGUUUGUCAGCACGAAGUGUGUAAACAAAUUGAAGUAACAAGGUGCUCUCAUACGCUGGCUGCAACAUAUUGCGGUAAUUCAUGUAUAAAACUAGUGACUAAAGAAAAUAUGUUGAUGUGACUGAUGUGACCUUGGACAUGUAUUUGCCUGAAAUUUAGGCGUUGAUAAAUUUCUAAUUGUCCUGCUUGGGAUGCCGUAGUCAUACAACAGUAUCCUAGCAACCAGAAUACAGACCUGCUGAACGUGAGACGGUGGUUUAAACACCAGGUAGCAGCUUUUUGGAAAAACUGACAAAUUUAAGCUACAAAUAACUAUCCGCGAAACGUAGCGUUUCGUGUAACCCCGGUGUUGCUAAUAAAUACUACCAGUGUUUCGUUUGACGGGUUCCAUCGUAAUUGUAGCAACAGGUUACAUUAGCUUGUAGCUAAUGUUAACAUUCAAGGGCAGAUGGAGCAAACGUCACACCCUCGUAUUUAUGUAGAAAGAACACUGGCCAUUAUUAAACCAGAUGCCAUUCACAGAGCUGAGGAGAUUCAAUAUACCAUCCUCAAGACGGGCUUUAUCAUCCUGCAGAAGCGGAAUGUGCAGCUAAGUCCAGAGCAGUGCAGCGACUUCUACGCAGACCAGUAUGGAAAGCUCUUCUUUCCCAACUUGACAGCCUUUAUGAGUUCUGGCCCCAUCAUGGCCUUGACACUGGCUCGUGACAAUGCUGUUGCCCACUGGAAGUCCAUCAUAGGCCCUGCCAGUAGCACCAAGGCCAGAGAAACUCACCCAGAAUGCCUUAGAGCAAAAUAUGGCACUUCCGACCUGAAAAACGCACUACAUGGCAGCGAAUCAUUUCACGCAGCUGUGAGGGAGAUCAAAUUCAUGUUUCCAAACUCUGUAAUUGAGCCGUUUCCCUCAAGAGAAUCAACCGAAGAAUACCUGAGCAGGUAUGUAAACCCAGUUCUGCAAUGUGGCCUUACCGAGCUCUGCAAGGAAAAGCCGCUCAACCCCUGUAUUUGGCUUGCUGACUGGCUGAUUAAAAACAAUCCAAACAGUCCUCAAAUAUGUGAUGGAGUCAUUGUAGAAGAACAAGAGUGACAAGAGAGGAACAGGGGGGAAAAAGAAAGAUUAAAAAAUAAUACACAUUUCUGUUUUAUCUUUUUUGAAAAAUUUAUUUGUUCAGGGCUACAAUGAAAUAAAAUGUAUUUUCAAGACUGUU